AUGGAUAUAUGGCAGGUUCAAUCAAAAGUGACAGAUUCUUGGAUGUGGAGGCAAUUGCUCAAAGUUAGAGAUAUGGUACUCAACAGAUUUGGUGGCAGGAAUAAUCUACAGAGUGCUAUAGAAAACUGUCAUAUAAAUGGAAAAUUACGGAUUUCAGCUAUAUAUAAUGCACUGACCCUUCCAGCAACUUAUGCUGCAUGGUCGGAUACCAUUUGGGGAGGCUUGCACUAUCCUAAACACUCUGUUAUAUUAUGGCUAAACACCCUCUCCAGGCUGCUGACAAAAGACAGAUUAUGCAAGAUGGGGAUUCUGAAUGAAAAUCAAUGUAUUCUGUGCUCAGCUCAACAAGAAACAAGUAAGCACAUGUUUUUUGAAUGCCAGUUUUCAGCUCACAUUUGGAAUGAAAUCAUGGAAUGGUCUGAUUACUCUUGGAGAUCAUGUAAUUGGGAUCAAAUCAUAAGCUGGUACAGUACAAAUCUGAAAGGAAAGGGAUAUAUGAAGAAGAUAAAGAGAAUGACAUUAUCGGCUACUGUCUAUUGGAUUUGGAAGGAAAGAAACUUAAGAAUUUUCCAAGGGAGAAUGCAUACAUCAGACCAGUUAGUGAGGGAGAUAAAAACUUCAAUUUUAUCUAAGGUGCUUAAAAGGGAGAAUGCAUACAUCAGACCAGUUAGUGAGGGAGAUAAAAACUUCAAUUUUAUCUAA